UGUUUGUUAGUUCAUUACGAGCAGUGUCAUCAAUUAAAAGUGGAAAAAACAACGAUCGCCUUUAAAAUGUUGAGAACGAUCUUUGGUCUCCUUGCGAUCGUCACCCUCAUCAACGGAUUUCCGUUCGAUUUUUACACACAAGAGCCAGAUUACAAUCCACGCGAAAAUAGAGUUCCCAUGGCAAUUCCCGACAACUGGGACAGCGUCUACUCUUAUCACUUCGACUACUAUCGCAUCUCGAAUUUCACUGACGUCGUUUCGCGCCGCAUAAAUUUCCGUUCGACAGUUCACUUGCGUCAAGAUCCGGACAACAUUAACUCGAUUUUUGCCUUUUUCACGGAAACGAGUUACGAUCACGAAGACGCCUAUCAUCGCAACAAAAAUUUCCCCGUCGUCAUCGAGGGAAUUCAUCUGCCUUUCAGGAUUUUGUUUCAUUCAAGUGGUUUGGUGCACGAAAUUUCCACAGAUCCCGAUGAUAGCGACUUGUCUGCGAAAUACAAGAAAACUUUCGCUUCCGUGAUUCAAUUUGACUGGAAAUUCAUCAAUGAGAAACGAAUUGCUGACAAGGAAUUUGAUUAUGUCUUCAUUUCGCCUGAAGACACGAUUUUUGGAAGUUGCAACGUUUUGAAUAACGUCACGCAAAUCGGAGAAGGAAGAAUUUUGCGAAAAAGAUUGUUGAUGGAUACGUGUUUGCGGGAGAAGUUUCCCAAGCAAAAACCGAGCAUUCAUGAUGUCAACGUAGAAUUCAAGUUUCGUUCGAGCAGAAAUCGACAAUUUCAUUGGUUGCAACUCAAUGGAACGGAAUACGUUAAGGAAUCCGAUAGUUACAGUCGAUUGGAGCAACUUGUGGAGUUUCGUGAAAAUGUGAAAAGUCGUCAAACUGUUCAUGCGAACAGACUUACCAUUAAUCGAGUCAUAACUUUAUGA